GUCACAUUCAAGCACCUGAAGAGUACGUCAUCAAAAAGCGCUGCCAACGCGGAAGUAGCUUGUUGGUUUGGACCCUAAUAAGUGUUGUCAGUUGAAUGCAUGAGGCUAGAAAUUUUGACAGGUUGACGAGCGCAGCAUGGGGAGGCAGCGAAAGAGGGUGCUGACUGGAGAUGCCGCCCCCCCUCUCCUGAGAAAAGAUGAAAAGCUCCCUAUGAUUCACCGCAAGGAGAAGAAGAAGAAAGCGGACAUUGGCAAAAUCUUCAUCAACAUCUCCAUCGGUCUCUGCGUGGUCAGCCUCGUCUGGUUCUUCUAUGGCCUUUACAUGCGGUCCAGUCUGGCCAAGCGGGUGGUGACGUUGCACCCGUCGCCUCGCGUCCUGGAUGUCGAUUCCAGCAGUGCCCGGGUCUCUCCGGACAGGUUCUGGGGUUCCUAUAGGCCCCAGGUCUACUUUGGCAUGAAAACAAGAAGUCCAAAGUCAAUUGUGACAGGUAUGAUGUGGAUGAGUCAGUUUUCUGACAUGGACAUGAACCUGAGGCACACCUGCGAGCAGGGAGAUCGCUUGCAAGGUUAUGGCUGGCUGAGCCACGACGGGAUCACCUUUGGCGUCCAGGAGAUCCGAGACAACAAUUUCACACUGACGACCGAGUUUGUCAAGAGGGUGGGAGGAGAUCACGGCGGAGACUGGACCUGGAGGGUCACCGCCAAGCAACAUAGCUCUGCGCCCAAGGCGCCAGUCAUCUCCCUGAUGUUCUACGCUGCGGCAGAUACCCAAGGCUCACUGGAGGCUCACGUGGAGGAGAAAAAACGCCUCGCCUCCGUCACGGGAGCCUCCGAAGAGCUCGGCAAUUUCAAGAUCACGUUCCGAAAACCAGUUACUGGGGAUUUAACAAGUCCUAAAUAUGCCAGUUACAACUACCUGCAAACCCGCACCCCUGGUUUGGAAAAACUGACUGAGAUUGUAAAGCGCAGUCUGAACCACAGGUUUGUCUUUAGCCCGCCGUCGGGCGAGAGGAGGCAUUACAUCGCCGUUGACUCCUACAAGCCCCCCUAUCAGCCCAACCAACAGAAGAACGGCCCCGACACGAGAGAAGAGGGCGACUUCGUGGUGCACCAGGUCACCGUUCAGACGCCCUUUCAAAUGGAAGUGCUCUUCGAGUCGGCGAGCUUUCGCGACCGCCCCAACCAGUUGGUGGGCCCGAUCAUGACCCAAGAGCUGGAGAAAAGGAAGAUCGAGUUUGAUGCCAAGUUUGAUUCGAUAUUUGGCCUCGAGGGCAAAGGUUACAGUCGGGCAUACAUCAAGUUCGGCAAGGCGGCGCUCAGCAACAUGUUGGGCGGAAUGGGCUACUUCUACGGCCAGUCGGUGGUUCAGUCAGUCUACAACGAAUACCCUCUCCUGUACCCAGAGGGUGCAUUAUUUACUGCAGUCCCAUCACGCUCGUUCUUCCCUCGAGGUUUUCUUUGGGAUGAGGGCUUUCACCAGCUGCUGCUGAGUAAGUGGGACCCACAGGUGACGAGAGAAGCUGUCUCCCACUGGAUAGACUUGAUGAACGUCGAGGGCUGGAUCCCCCGUGAGCAGAUCCUGGGAGAUGAGGCUCACAGUAAGGUCCCUGCUGAGUUUGUAGUACAGCGGAACGAGAACGCCAAUCCGCCCACUCUCUUUUUAGCUCUGCAGGAACUAAUCGAGCAGUUCUUAUUAAAUCCAGCCAGCACGAAGGCGCAGCCAACCUUGCCUUUCCUCAGACGACUGUACCCCAGACUCAAGACGUGGUUUCAGUGGUACAACACCACUCAGUCGGGGCCACGGCCUAACUCGUACCGCUGGCGUGGGCGCGACAAGGACACUAAUCUCUUCCUCAAUCCAAAGACCCUGACCUCUGGUCUGGAUGAUUAUCCGCGGGCCUCGCACCCGUCAGAACAAGAGCGUCACGUGGACCUGCACUGCUGGAUGGCCCUGUCCUCGGGCAUCAUGGCUCAGAUUGCUCAGCUUUUAGGCGAACCCCACCAGGACUACGAAUUGACCCACCGAGUAUUAACGGACAACGGUCUGCUGAACGAGCUCCACUGGUCUGAGCAACUUGGCGCGUUCAGCGACUACGGCAACCACACUCAGGACGUAUCCCUGCAGCAGGAGAAGGUGUACGUGCCUCCCGGACAGCACCGCCACCAGUUCCCCGUCACCCGACUCGUUCGCUCCGUCCGCAAGGCCCCCAAACUCCAGUAUGUCAACGCACUGGGUUACGUCAGCCUGUUCCCCUUCCUCCUGCACGUUCUUGAGCCGGACUCGCCCAAAAUGGAACGCAUCCUCAGGGGAAUGAAGGACCCAAAUAAGCUGUGGACACCUUACGGCUUGCGCUCGCUCUCCAAAGCCGAUCCGUUGUACAUGAAGCGGAACACGGAACACGACGCUCCCUACUGGAGAGGACCGGUGUGGAUCAACAUCAACUUCCUGGCAGUGAGAGCCCUCCACCACUACAGCAAUACGCAGGGGCCGUAUCAGGAGCAGGUGGCUGCGCUGUACGAGGAACUCAGGACUAACAUUAUCAGUAACGUGUACAGACAGUAUGCCGAAACCGGCUACAUCUGGGAACAGUACAAUGACGCCACCGGGAGAGGGCAAGGGAGCCACCCUUUCACUGGCUGGUCGGCGCUAACGUUAUUAAUGAUGGCCGAACAGUACUAGUAUCACCUCGUCAGAAAAUAUGAAAUGGGAGGGGGAAAGUCAGCAUUCAUUCAUUGCAGUAUUUUGUACCUCAGCCCCUUUUCGUGUUUUGACCGUCUGGAUUGGAAUAAACAGUGGCAUUGAUUAUAUCAACCUUAUUUCAAAACAAUAAAGGAUUUGGCUACAC